AUGGACAUCUCCCGAGUCAUCAAGCCCUGGAAACUCAACCCUCAAAGGAACUUAGUCUUCGUGAAUGCAACCAUUGUUAAUCCAGCCGAGGGGAAAUUGAUACAGAACGCGACAGUCCGAAUCUCAGAUGGCAAGAUUAUUCAAAUCGUCACAGACGGCUCAACUACAUCCACAGACGGGCUCCCCGAAGAGAACGUGAUCGACCUGAGUGGAAAAUACCUGUGUCCAGGCUUGAUCGAUUGUCAUGUCCACAUCGCAAUAGUCCCCGGCGAAGUCGAUCUACGAUCCUACCAAGACAUGACCGAACGAAUGAGUCUCUUGCGGCAACCGUACGUGCUCAAAUCCAUGCUAGACCGCGGCUUCACUUCAAUCCGAGACUGUGGCGGCGCAAGCCUCGCAAUCAAGGAAGCUGUCGAGGAAGGCGUGAUUCCAGGCCCUCGUCUCUUCAUCGUUGGUCACGCACUCUCCCAAACCGGUGGACAUGGCGACCUGCGAGGAUCCCACGACACCAAGCUCUGCUGCGGCGGCACUGUAUCCGGAAUCAGCCGAAUUGUCGACAGUCCAGCAGAGUGCUAUAGGUUUGCGCGUGAGGAGCUGCGCCAGGGAGCGGACUUUAUCAAGAUCAUGGGCGGUGGCGGUAUUGCCAGUCCCACGGACCGCAUUGAACAUGUGCAGUUCUCAGAUGAGGAGAUUAGGGCUAUUGUCACUGUUGCCCGGAACGCCGGUACAUAUGUCACAAGUCAUAGCUACACGCCGCGGGCGAUUCAGCAGGCUAUCAAGCUCGGUGUGCGCGGUAUCGAGCAUGGAAAUCUCAUUGAUCUCGAGACGGCGAAGAUGAUGGCUGAGAUGGAUGUUUUCUUGACUCCGACGCUCAUUACGCAUGUCAUGUCUAAACAGAUGAAUUUCCUGUCUGCUGACAGCGCUGCUAAGAAUGAGGAGGUUCUUGAGAACGGAUUAAACGCAAUUAAGAUUGCUGUCGAUGCGGGCGUGACCGUCUGUUUUGGGACUGAUCUUCUUGGUCCGAUGCAUUUUGCUCAAAGCAAGGAGUUCUCAGUGCGCAGUUCGGUUUUGACUCCGUUGCAGAUUCUGCGUAGUGCUACUGUCAAUGCUGCUCGUCUUGUUAUGCAGGAACAUAGGUUGGGUCAAGUUCUCGAAGGAUUUGUGGCUGAUCUUUUGAUCUUGAAGGGAAAUCCGUUGGAAGAUAUCACCAUUCUAGAUCGAGUGGAGGAGUACAUUCUGGCUGUGAUUAAAGAUGGGAGGGUGAUCACUUCGCGAUGGAGCAAAGUCAGGGUAGAUAUUUGA